ACUGCACGAACGGGCUGGGGUGAUUAACAAACAAACAUUCCAUCGUCUGCGCCAGCCAUAUUCAUUUCGGGCGUAGCCAGUCGCCGAGACAAGUGCGUUGCGGAUUUUCCCAUGGCGAAAUGGUGCCAAUUUGAGUUAAUUUACCAUCAAAACUAGUGAAAAUCGGUAGCUUUUCGCGUCACGAGUGUUUCUAGCUAGGAAAAAUGUCGAUUCUGUGGCGGUGUGGGGCGCUAAUAGCGUUUGGAAUUUUAGUGGGUGUGUUAGCUCAGUACGAGUGGCAACCGAAAGAUGCCUUCGAUGAAGUUAAGGUGAAGUUUGAUCGUGCUACAGGCGAUAACUGCCCUAUUCUCCAUGUUAGCGACCUAUUCCUUCCGAAGGAAACCGUGUCCCAUCUGCCAGAUAUCAAAGAAUUCGGUCAGAAUCCAAUUUUCCCGAAUCGAACGGCACUGCUGUUGCUACACAAUAUGGCGCUGACGAGGGGGUUCUUUUGGAGCUACGUACUCCAAAGUCGAUUCAUUCGGCCCGCCAUCAACGAUACCUACGACCCGGGUAUGAUGUAUUACUUCCUAUCCACCGUUGCGGACGUUUCCGCAAAUCCGUCGAUCAACGCCUCGGCAGUGUACUUCUCACCGAAUACCUCAUUCUCCUCGUCAUAUCGAGGCUUCUUUAACAAAACCUUCCCCCGCUUCGCACCCCGCACCUUCCGUUUGGACGAUUUUAACGAUCCGAUUCAUCUGCACAAGAUCUCCACCAUGAACACAUUCGAUGUGCGGGAUUUGGGAGCCUUCUCACCGGAUUCCAUCUCGCACGACUACACCACCGAUUUCUACAAAAUCAACGAGUGGUACAAGGCGUGGCUGCCGGAUAUUGUGGAAAAGCGACACGACACGAAGACCACCUACCAGGUGGAGAUCCGGUAUGCGAACAACACCAAUGAAACGUUUACAUUCCACGGACCGCCCGGUGCGGAUGAAGAUCCCGGCCCGGUUCGGUUCACCCGGCCGUACUUCGAUUGUGGACGUUCGAACAAGUGGCUGGUGGCGGCUGUGGUUCCGAUUGCCGAUAUUUAUCCGCGACACACGCAGUUCCGGCACAUAGAAUAUCCCAAAUACACUGCCGUCUCGGUCAUCGAAAUGGACUUCGAGCGUAUCGACAUCAACCAGUGCCCCAAGGGUGAGGGCAACAAAGGAAACAACAAGUUUGCCGAUACGGCUCGCUGCAAGAAGGAAACCACCGAAUGCGAACCGUUGGACGGUUGGGGAUUCCGUCGCGGAGGCUAUCAGUGCCGCUGUAGACCUGGGUUCCGGUUGCCCUCGGUGGUGCGGCGACCCUUCCUGGGUGAAAUCCUGGAACGGGCCAGCGACGAGCAGUACUACAAUGGUUUCGAUUGCAAACGCAUCGGUUGGAUCCAUAAGACUCCGAUCGAUUGGUACCGGUUGCCGCAGUACACGAGGGAGAAGCAUUUGAAUCACUACUACGAGUACAAAAAUUACACGAAGGGAGCGACAUCGCUGCACGCGGAGAAGAUCAACGUGAACGAGGCAUUGAACUUUAUUCUGGGGGUGAAUGAGCAUACGUGCAAGAACUUCCACCCGCAGGAUUUGGUGCUGACGGGGGAUAUGGCGUUCGGAGCAGAAGCUCAUUUUGCAAACGAAGCCAAGAUGGCGCUGCGAUUGGCGAACUUCAUCAGUGCUUUCCUGCAGAUUUCAGACCCGUUGGAAGUGUACUCCGGCAAGCGAGUGGCCGAUAGACCUUUGACCGAGGAUCAAAUGAUGGGUGAAACGUUGUCGCUGGUUAUGGGUAAUUCAAGGAUCUGGAAGGCUGCGACGUAUUGGGAUAGAAGCAAGUUUACGAAUCGCACGCUGUUCGCCCCGUACGCGUACAAGACUCAGAGGAACACAAGAAAGUUCAAACUGGAGGACGUAGCGAGGAUUAACAAAACCGGCGAGGACUACACUGAGUUACCGUAUUUCAAAUUGCUGAAACAAAGGUGGGCUGCCAACUUUGACUCGUUGGAGAAGUACUACAUGAAGAUACGCCUUCGUCAUAACGAGACCGGGGAGCAUUCGCAGAAGUACGAGCGUUACCCGAAUUUCUAUCACGCGGCCACGAUGGACCACGGAUUCUGGACGGCUCCCAAAUUCGAGUGCAAGGGCUAUGUAAAGAAAUGGCUCAUAACCUACGCGGCACCGUUCUUCGGGUUCGACAGUCUGAAGGUGAAGCUCGAGUUCAAGGGGAUCGUUGCAGUCUCGAUGAAUAUGCUACAGCUGGAUAUCAACCAGUGUCCGGAUGACUAUUACGUGCCGAAUGCAUUCAAAAAUACCCACAAAUGCGACGAGAGGUCUUCGUAUUGUGUCCCGAUCCAGGGUCGCGAGUACGAGCUCGGUGGCUACAAAUGCGAGUGCCUGCAGGGCUACGAGUACCCGUACGAGGAUCCGAUCACCUACUUCGACGGCCAGCUGGUCGAGGCGGAGUUCCUGAACAUUGUCAACGACGAGAAGAGCCGCUACGAUACGUUUAAAUGCCGUCUGGCCGGUGCUGCAUCCCUCCGGGUGGAGUUCACUAUCCUGAGCGCCGUACUGCUGCUCAGCUGGAUGGUGUUCCGACGGUGGAAUCAGUAGAGAUGAUGUCGCAGGCCAUGACCGCAAUCGUGUUUGUCGUACUUUUAGAGAUUUGAAAGUAGCGGACUCCCGUGAGGGAGUCGAACUAAAAAUUAACGAAAUAUUAUGAAAUGUAGAGUGACCCCCAGUAGCACGACUCUGAUUAGUUUGGUUGCGCUAAUUGAAACGCAAAUAAUAUUAAACGGAUGUACAACAGUAACAAUAACAUGAGACCUCAUGUGCUACUGACGGGGUGUCACAUGCAAACAGUCCAAUUAGAUCUGUUUUAGUGUUCAACAAACAUUCCGUCCGAAAAAAAAACAUGCUCUCAAGUUGUUUUGAGAAUCUCCAUGAAAUGUUUUAGCUCUAAGUAAGGAAAGUAUGUAGCAACGUAAGCCGUCCAAGUGUAGUGCUUUGUACACAUUCUAGGUCUAAGAUAAACGAAUCGUUUUUAAUCAACCAGCAAUGCCUUUUAUGUACCAGAAGAAAUCUGUUGUUUUAGAAGUAUUUUUGUUAGAAUGACAUUUUUGUACAAUUUUAGAUUAGUGCUGAAGCGCAAAUUCAAGCGAUUAAAUAAAAUACAUCUAAUAAAUGUUAA